GGUGCCUGUGUUUUGUUUCGAUCAACGUCAAUAUUCCGAACAUCACUGUAAUCAGAUGUCGCAACAGGUUUCUGCCAAGAAGCAGCAGGAGCUGCAGGCGCAAUAUUCCAACUACAAAGAAACUCUCCAAGCCAUCGCACAAAAGAUUGGAGAUGUCGAGACUGAAGCAGAAGAGCACAAACUUGUUCUAGAAACACUUGAGCCACUGCCCGACGAUCGCAAGUGUUUCCGUAUGAUCAACGGAGUCCUUGUGGAACGAACAGUGCAAGAUGUUCUGCCACAGCUCAAGACCAACGCAGACGGUCUCAGAAAAGUGCUUGAAGAUCUGCUAAAACAAUACACUACCAAGCAAGAAGACCUUGAGAAGUGGAAGCGUCAAAACAAGAUCCAGGUUGUCACGCAAUGAGCUCAUUUCUACAUUUGCAUGGUGCAAUGUAUAUGUCUUGCCCGCUCUGCUCUUAUCCUUGCCGGUGAAAGCCUAAAUGAGCUUGACAGCAAGCGUGCCAUCCAGAGCCAAGUCGUGCAUGGUGAUGGCAGAGACCGGGCGUUGAGCGUCAGUACAAGGCUUACCUUAGCGGUCUUGUUCACCAACAGCAAGACUAAGCGCCAUUACGGCAAGGGUCGCAGCACCACCAGAUUCUGCGAACUUGCUGCUAGCUGGUCCAACAAUCUUGCGUGAAGACAGAAGACUGAAACAGCUUGGAUGGAACGACCGCAGGACUUCGAUUCGUUGCUAGAUUCUAUAGCUCUCACGGACUAGUGAAUGUAAAUGUUUAUGAUCAACCACAU